GAAGAGAGCGAGGGCAGGGAAAGUUACAAGGUGUGCACGUUGUUUAUGUGUCAAGGAACAGAGAAGGAACGAAAGACAGAGAAAGUUUGGCAGAAAGUUUGAGAGAGAGAGCGAGAGAGAGAGAGCGAGAGAGAGAGAGAGAGAGAGAGAGAGAGAGAGAGAGAGAGAGAGAGAGAGAGAUAGAGAGAGAGAGAAGCAGCGUGGUCUAGAGAGAAAAAAGGGGGUGGAGACAGUUUAGAGAGAGGAGAGGAGAAGAGAGAGAGAGAGAGAAAGGAGAGGCUGGGAGAGAGAGAGAGAGAGAGAGAGAGAGAGAGAGAGAGAGAGAGAGAGAGAGAGAGAGAGAGAGAGAGAGAGAGAGAGAGAGAGGAGAGGCUGGGAGUUGACAGAGGUUUCCCAGGCGUCAGUUCACUCCACUCCAGACCAGCUCAGCACAGCACAGCACUGCACACGCAGCAACCAGCAACCAGCAACCAGCAACCAGCAGCCAACAACUAGGACACGGAACAGAAGCAAGCAGCUGGAGCUACAGAAUCCUCUCCACCCCUUCUACAUUCUGGAACCAAAGAACUACAGAACUACAGAACUACAGAAUAUAGAACUUUAGAACUUUAGAAUUUAGAACUCUACCACCUGAGACCAAAGGAGCUCCACAAGGAGUCUACGAAAACACAAACAACAAGAACAGAGUUCAGCUGAGCAGGAGAGCUGAACUAUUUUUUUUAUUCUGGUUGCAGAGACUUUGACUUUCCACUUCUCCUCCUGUCCUCUGCCUAUUCUCCUAUCCUCCUUUUCUUGUGUCUCUCCAUUCCUGAUCCACUCCUCCACUCUUUCCAACUCCACUCCUCCACUCCUUUACUCCACUCCUCCGUCCCCGAUGGGUGAAGACGCGGUGCAGGUUGAGCGCAUGAUGACCCACGAGAGCCAGGAGCUGGUGGUGCCCAGCCCCAGCCCCACCCAGUCCCCCUCCCCCAGCCACAGCCUCUCGCAGCUGGGCACGACGGCCGCCGUCACCAACGGCACCCCGGACCCUGGAGCCCCCGGAGCUCCUCCGGGAGUCACCCCAACCCCGCCCUCACCGUCGCUCGGAGGAGGAGGAGGGGGCACCCUGACCAGGGAUGGAGCGGCGUCCCCAACGGGGGUCAACGCCAUCACUGUGCUGACCCUGCUGGAUAAGCUGGUCAACAUGCUGGAUCAGGUGCAGGAGAACCAGCACAAAAUGGAGGUGCGUCAUGCCGAUAUGGAGGGGUCCGUGCGUGGGAUCCAGAACGACAUGACCAAGCUGUCCAAGAGCCACACGUCGACCUCCAACACGGUGAGUAAGCUGUUGGAGAAGAGCCGCAAGGUGAGCGUCCACAUGAAGGAGGUGAAGGACAAGAUGGACAAGCAGGCGGGACAGGUGAAGAAGCUGGAGGCUAACCAUGCACACCUGCUCAAGAGGAACAACUUCAAGGUCCUCAUCUUCCAGGAGGAGAACGAGAUCCCGUCCAGCGUGUUUGUGAAGGAGCCGGCUCCGUUCCCCCGCGAGGAGGACGAGAACGCCCUGCAGGACGGGAACCGCGUGGCGGAGGAAGGGGGCGUAGAGGGGGGCGUGGAGGGGGGGCUGCAGACCAUCAACCUGUCCUCCGAUGAGGAGCUGGGGGGGGAGGAUGACGAUGAGCUGGACGAGACCCUGGCAGCGCUGGAACUGCAGGGGGGCAGCCUGGAGAGGUCACGCGCAGACAAACUCAAACGCUCCAGCCUCAAAAAGGUGGACAGCCUGAAGAAGGCUUUCUCCCGCCAGAACAUUGAGAAGAAGAUGACGAAGAUCGGCAACAAGAUGACCAUCACAGCGGAGCAACGCGAGAAGAUCAAGAAGAGCCUGACGCCCCCACACCCCAAGACAUCGCCCUUCAAGGUCUCUCCGCUCUCCUUCAGCAUCCGCAAGAACAGGCCCAGCAGCACCGCCAGCGCAGGAGCAGGAGAGGGGGAGAAGGCCCCUGAGGGAGAGGCCGGCGUGCCGGAGGGAGAGGAGGGAGGAGAGGGCGUGGCUCCCACCGCGGUGGCGUCCAUCGAACUCACACCAAUCAGCCCAACCGAAGACAUGCCCUUCACAGAGCUCCACCCACAGCUCGCCCCCGAUGCCGGUGAGGAGCUGAAGGCUGCGGAGGAGGCCAUGGAGAAGGAGGUGGGAGGAGGAGGUGCUGAGAAGGAGGAAGAGGAGGAGGAGGAGGUGAGCGCCGAGUACGCCCUCUCCGCCACACUCCCCCAGGACGCCUCCGUAUGCAACGGAACACAGGGAGCAGGAGGAGACGAAGAGGAGGAGGAGGAGGAGGAGGUGAAGGAGGAGGAGGAGAAGGAGGUGGCUGGGGUGAAAGAAGCGGCGGCAGAGGAGGAGAAAGAGAAGGAGGUGAAAGGAGAGAGCGGAGGCGUUGCGGCGGUGGUGAAUGACGGAGGAGAGGAGAAGGUGGCGGAGGCCUUGGCAGAGGCGGCGGCUGAGGCAGCGGUUCCCAUGGCUGAGCAACGUGCCUCCUAAACACACACGCACGCAUGCACACACACACACACACACACACACACACACACACACACACACACACACACACACACACACACACACACACACACACACACACACAGGAGGCGGCGGCUGAAGCAGCGGCCCCCAUAGCCGAGCAACAUGAUUCCUAAACACACUGCCCUCCCUAUGUUGUCUGAGCCCAACACACAUACACACACACAUACAUGUACAUGGAUAUGCAGACACACGCACACGCACACACACACACACACACACAUACACUCAUGCAGACACAUGAACACAGACAACCAUACAGUAUAUACAUAAACAACUACACAUGCAGACACACAUUUACAGUACUUAUACACCACACCUUCUCGCCUUAAAAUCGAAGAUUUGCCUGACACACAUUCAUUUUUCCUCCUCUAUACAUGUGACACCUGUCAUUGUUUAGUCACUGCCCAUCACAGCAACAACUACACCAACAGGCAUACAGCCCAUACAAUACAGUCCACAUCUUCCUUCAAAACGAGGCCACUCACAGCAGAGGCGUACAGUAUAGCCACCAUAAUAUGGUGUACCUACAACAGGUACCACAGCAGCACACCAGACACCACGCCUGUGCAUGCAGACCAGCACCAACAGUUUCGCAUCAUACCUGGACACUGGACGACAGACAUCACCUCUGAACUCUGGACACAACGCAUCAUAUUACCUGAACACAGCAGGGGUGCAUUUCUGGAAACCAUAGUUGCUAACUAUGUUAGCUACUUUGUUAGUUGCAAUGCAAUUUCCCAUUAGCGACUACACAAGUUGCUAACUGCUAACAACUACGCAUUCGAGAAAUGCACCCCAGACCAGGUGUAGCCGAGGUCACCCUGCGCUAGUCUGCCACUAGUGGGUCUCGAACCCGUGACCUUCCGGGCAACGCUGCAGUUUGGCAUGGGAGGCACAGCACAGCAUGAUACCGCUGAGCUGAACAGCUAGAAGUCUGCUAGUUGGCAUCCAUUAGUUUCACUGGCAUCAUACCAGGACACUGGCACCACCCCUCGACUCCAGCCACCAUACCUGGAUACCUGCUUUCCAAUAUGCGGACUCCCGUCCUCGGUCUGUGCUUGUGGCCUCGCGUUUUGCUUAUGCCCGACUCGGUGGAGAAAGCAAUAAAGUUUCCCCGCUAUCAGCCCAGCCCAGCCACAACUACUUUCGGGGGCCUAUUCUUCAUUCACCAUCCCAAUUGCAAGUGCGAAAAUGACAUCGCAAGGCCACACAAGCAGGCAAGUGAGCAAGGAAGGACGGAAGUUCGCAUAUUAGAAGGAACCCCAUACAUCACACCUGGACACUGCCUGAACAUUGGACAUCACCCUCUCCAACCUCCUCGAUG